GAGAUUCAGAGACAAUCAACAUGCUGGGACAACUUCUUGUUUUGGGGCUUUCUUGGACACCACUAGCAGUCUGUUUUCUCACAACCGAGCCCUUGGAUUCAAAGUUAGUGUUUGACCCUGCGUUUUACGUGAAUACUCACGCCGACCUGCACGGACUGCGAACAACAAACGAGGCCAGGAAGCAUUGGCUGUCGACUGGAAUCAAAGAAGGCCGACAGGGCUGUGGAAGUUUCCACUCGGUCCAGUACCUCAAGAGAUACUCGGAUCUGUCGAAGGCGUUUGGAACAGACUACCGCCAGGCCAUAGAGCACUACCUGACCAACGGUUACUCCAAGGAGGGCCGACUGGGGAUCGUAGAAGGCGGGGACGAGGGACGCUGGACCAUCUCAAGCCACCAUCAUGACUUGUUCCUCAGUGCCUCUAAGCGCACGGGUGGAGCUGUGGACAGCCUGGUUUGGGACCACAAGGAAUUCCUCAACAGUUGGGAUCACGGGCGUGAAAUGCAGAUGGCUAUGAACACCCAUCCAUGGGGUGAAUGCUUCAACCCCACAGAGGCCGGCGGCAGAGACGACGCCAUUCACGACACCACAAAGUCCACAGUCCUUCAUGUCAGAGCACAUCAAAACACCAUGGAAACAGCGAAUUACCCAGCAUUUUGGUUGAGACCUGGUACCAAACAAACACGGCCGGGCCAUGGUCCAUGUGGUCACGACAAACCAGCUCUCAACAAAAACACCGUGUAUAAACACCAGUUUUCCAAGACCGUCACCAUUGGGUGCGCAGGGCUGGACAACUGUAUCAAAUUCGUAUCGAACUUUACUCUUGGGGGACACUGGCCAGAUGGGUACACAGGAAUUAAUUUGGAAUCCCCCGCCUGCUAUAUGACGAGUGACUUCAACGUUUUGCUUAACUACGAUUUAACCACAAGGAAAGCACACACAUUCAACAGCAACAGGAGGCCUACCGUUCUGGCAACGUCUGACGGUCGUCAUGCCAUGGGACUAUACGCCCCAAGCGGUCAAGACAGCGACGAGUUCCAGUAUUACGACGCCAAGUCAUUCGGAACCAAUUUCGCUUCCGGUACAAACAAACUGAACGUUGUCUUCCGGAAAAACCCGUUCCCAGACGGUACAACAAAACACAUGGUCUACACCUCUUACGCAUGCGUGGGAUCCAGAAACGUGGUCACAAGCUGUUUAGAUGCAGUCCACAAGGCCUAUCCUUCUGUGUAAAUGAUAAUACCAUUUACUCCACUUAAAUAAUAUAAAAAAAUAUAAUAAAAGUGUCUCUUCUAUACCUAAAUGAUUGCAUGGCUAUACAUAUUUUGAUAAAAUUUAUGCUUUCCGUGACAAAAAAAAAACCCAUUAAAAUAUCAAGUUUAACGACGUGGCCAUGCAUGCACAACACAAGCUUCAGAUUUCCUUUUUGGUAUGAAGGUUCACACUGAUUUCUGUAUUUAUUACGCCGAGCUCACAAAAUUAAACUUGGGGCCGAUACGACGGUGGCUAGCAUUAUAAUGGGAGGAAACGCAAUUCGAUCUGCAUGUUGCUAACAGACCUUCCAACGUAUACGAGGAAGCCAGCGUGGGUUCACAUUCAGGUUAACAUCGCUGCUCCUUAAACUGGGACUGUUUAGAAUUCUGGUUUGUUAAGCGACGUUCUGAAAAUAGUAAUUUGCUUAGUUUUUGUAACUUACAGUGAUCAACAUGCAGAGCAUCGGCAAUGGAACACCCCCUCGUGAUUCACAUGUAUACAAAACCUGAGCUUAAUAUGUGCAGUACUUUUUAACCUAUUAUCCUGAACAUUCAUCUCAGCAUUCGCCGUUAUUCGACGCCGACGCUCAAAGUAUUACAUAAGAUACGUCUGUUCUUUGUG